ACAACCACCAGCAGCAGCCGCAGCAGCAGCAGCCAAAGCAAGACUCCUCUGCGCCGCCGACUACAAGAGGGUUAAAAGUGUAGAUUGGAUUUCACCCCGGGAAAUCUAGCGCACGGAGUGAACUUGAAUCUUUGGCUAUUUAAGGAGGACUGGGGUUUGUUGUGAAGUUCUGGUGAUACAGGGCAGAGCCCCGUCCUGAUUGAUUUCAUAUUUCUUGAGUCUCAGAUGACUGUAAAAUGGAUAGAUGAAAUUAUUCCUUUUUGAGGCUUUUCUUAGGGGCUCUCCUGGCAGCGUGUUCUCAAAGCGAAGUCAUGAUGUAUUCUCCAAUCUGUCUCACUCAGGAUGAAUUUCACCCGUUCAUUGAGGCACUUCUUCCACAUGUCCGUGCAAUUGCCUAUACUUGGUUCAACCUUCAGGCUCGAAAACGCAAGUACUUUAAGAAACAUGAGAAACGAAUGUCAAAGGACGAGGAAAGAGCAGUCAAGGAUGAGCUACUUAGCGAAAAGCCUGAAAUUAAACAGAAGUGGGCAUCCAGGCUCCUGGCCAAGCUGCGCAAAGAUAUUCGCCAAGAGUUCCGGGAGGAUUUUGUGCUCACAGUGACUGGGAAGAAGCACCCAUGCUGUGUAUUGUCCAAUCCUGACCAGAAGGGUAAGAUUAGGAGAAUCGACUGCCUGCGACAGGCUGACAAAGUCUGGCGUCUGGAUCUAGUCAUGGUGAUCCUGUUCAAAGGCAUCCCCUUGGAAAGUACGGAUGGAGAGCGGCUCAUGAAAUCCCCACAUUGCACAAAUCCAGCACUUUGCGUCCAGCCACAUCACAUAACAGUAUCAGUCAAGGAGCUUGAUUUGUUUUUGGCAUACUACGUGCAGGAGCAAGUAUUGUUAGUAACAGAUGCAGUUCAGAGGAGGGCUGUGGCAGGAUUGGUUUCUGCAGCAUUUCCUCCAAGCACUGUUGUUGAUGGAGCAUCAACAACACUAAUUAAUGAUGUGAGCAUGGACAAGUAUCAGUCUGAAAAUGGUAAAAACUGCCCCCAAGAGACUAGGAGCUACCACUGUGAUGAACAGUUAAAGUCAGGAAUAAAAGUUUUGUCAGAAGUCCCUGCUGAAGAGCAGGGUCUCACUGGCAUAAAAGAGAAGACUGAGGGUUUAGUCUGGUUUCUGGUGGACUAG